CUGCGUCAGCUGUCGGGUCCGAUUCUGAAUUUCAAAUUUACGCCCCGAAUGUCAGUCACUCUUUAGCUUAGUAGCCGCCGGUCGGACAGCAACGUUAGAAGCUAUGGCUGCAUCGGUAGAAACGGCACCAGGGGCACUUGGCCGGGAAAACUUAAGUGAUGAUGGUCUGACGUGGGUAGACGUAGAAGUCGGGACGCAGACCAUCAAAGUUCUCAACUGGGAUGAGGUAAAACAGGGCAUCCUCACUCUGUCCGGACAGCGUCUGUGGCCGGCGGCAAAGUUACUGGCCCUGCUGAUGCACUUUAACCCGGACAUUCUGGAAGGCGCGAAGAACGUCCUUGAGCUGGGAGCCGGUCUGGGGGUGGUGGGCAUCGCCGCUGCCAAGAUGGCGGCCAACGUCAAGGUUAUGAUCACGGACGGCGAGGACGAGGUCGUUGACCUAUGCAGAGAGCAUCUGAAUAGGAACUUCGAAAAAGGUCAAGACCAGCCACAGUGUGAGAGGUUAUUUUGGGGCGAGGGUCUUGACGAGUUUAAGAAGCAGCACGGAACGUUUGACCUGAUCCUGGGCUCGGACGUGGUGGAGGGGAAAGACUCCCUCCCGCCGUUCCUCCACACCGUCAAGGAGCUACUCAGCUCAUCGCCCACAGCCAUGUGCCUGCAGACGUACGCAGAGAGACCGUACCUCCCACACGACCUGAUCGAGCGGACCGCCGAGGCGUGCGGGCUGUCCUACACGUACAUAGAGUGGGAGAACCAGCCCUGGGCGCACCACAUGGUCCAGACACAGGACCCCAGCAGAUGGGACAGGUUCUCACCGCGGUGGGCCAAGUUAAGGAUCAUCGCCUGGAUGAAACCGCUGUCAUCUUAAGUUCUGCAGUCUUCGCCGUUUGUAAAAUCAAGAAGACUUUGCAUUUAUGGAUUUGGCUAACGUUAUACAAAUGACGGCAAGCUACAGGAUACGAUGUGUAAUAUGUGGGCGAAACUGUGCUGAUAUUACAUCGAAGGAAGUCCUAGAUCAAAGAUGAAAUGUAGAUUUGGGGUAUAUGUAUAUUAACAUUUUAUAUACUGUGCACAACAGGUGGGAAUGCAGUUAUGUAUGGACUCGUAAACGUAAAAUAGAAAACGUAGAAACUUUAUUUCACCAUUCAUAGCGACACCUCUGCAUCAAAAAUCGAAGUGUUUUA